AUGCCGGCAAGCGACCGUUUAGACAAUGUCUUCGCAGCAUUGCUCGCUCGCCGGGAUGCCAAAAGUCAGCUCCGGCGACUGACACUUGUGCCGGCCGGCAGCGCCGACUUCUCAUCCAACUCGUACCUCUCACUCUCGACCCACCCGGAGAUCCAGCGCCGGUAUCUCGCCCGUCUACAGGCCCACCUGGAUCCGUCCAGCAGUUUAGACGAUGGAAACGCCCCAACGCUGCUUGGAUCCGGUGGAUCUCGCCUCUUGGACGGCAACAUGACGCUCGCAGAGUCCCUGGAAACGGAAAUUGCUGCUUUCCACGGCGCUCCGGCGGGGUUACUCUUCAAUUCCGGUUUUGAUGCGAAUGUCGGACUCUUUAGUUGCGUCCCGCAACGUGGGGAUGUCAUCGUAUACGAUGAGCUCAUCCACGCUAGUGUGCAUGAUGGAAUGAGGAUGAGCCGAGCUGAGAAGAGGAUUGCGUUUGCGCAUAAUACGGUUGAAUCGGUUGACGUCGCAAGGGGCGGAGAGCUAUUCGCAGAGACUAAAAAUGACCGCCAAUCGCAGACAAGAAGCCUGGAUGAAGUACUUUCUCAACUGACUCACGGAGAUGCUGGCCGGGAAGUACGAGAGGGUAAGAGGAACGUUUUUGUGGCCGUUGAAGGUAUCUACAGCAUGGAUGGCGAUGUGGCGCCGCUAAAAGAGAUUGUCGAAUGUGUCGAACGGCAUCUAGCCCAUGGAAAUGGCUUGAUCAUCGUCGACGAGGCUCAUUCAACAGGCCUUCUGGGUGAUCAGGGUCGCGGGCUAGUAUGCGAGCUGGGUCUCGAAGACAAAGUUUGGGCCAGAGUUCACACAUUUGGCAAGGCAAUGAGCUGCUCUGGAGCGAUCGUUCUCGGCUCACAUCUCACCCGGUCAUACCUAAUCAAUUACGCUCGAAGCCUCAUAUACACCACCGCCAUGCCGUUUACAUCGCUCGCCAGUUUGCAGACGGCCUACGACUUCAUCAUGGCCGGUCAUUCUGAGCCACUUCUCCGCCACCUGUGGUCACUCAUCGACCGCACUCAUCAGCUACUGCUAGAGCUUUGCGACCAGUACCAGCCGGAGCCGGGCCUUUUGUAUCUUACCCAGGACAGGCCGAAAUCACCCAUAAUCCCUCUUUUUACUUCCAACCCUAGGAGUCUCGCUCAGCAUUGCCAGCAGCGUGGCUUCAUGAUACGCCCCAUCGUCGCACCUACAGUCCCGGCGGGGAGCGAGAGGGUGAGGAUCUGUCUCCAUGCUGGAAACAGUAUUCAACAAGUGGAGGGGCUGGUUGCUGCCAUCAAGAGUUGGCUCGGUGCCCAGAUAAAUAAAGAUAGACACGGGGCUGAGGAGGUUUCUGCGAGCACAGCAGCAGAACUGAAGCCCAGGCUAUGA